CCUGCCUCAACUGCCUUGCCUCACAGUGCCCAUGUCUAGGCUGUCUCCCUUAUGCAAACGUGAAUUAACUUCUCAGUAAUGGGGAUCGCUGUGAACCGGGGCGCUCGCAUUUCCACCUAAGCGGAGAGAGACAGACAGCACGGACGAAUAACAGACUCGACGUCGAUGAAGUGUGUCAUUUAAUAACUGGAGCACCGCGUCCGUUUAUCAUACUCGUGCUUAUAAGCGUGUUUUACUCUCAAAAAAGAGCCCCACUCGGCAAGUUAUCGCUAAUAAGACCAGGAUAACAAGUCUCUUAAACCUCUCUACAGACCGACAAAUAGCAAAGUUGAUGACCCAGAAGGAUCUCUUUCUCUUGGCCACUUCGUCACUGUCUUUGAAGACGGAUUAUCCAAACCAUUCAACAAGGAGUCAUCCUCCAGGCCUCUCGUCUCUCCCUGGCUGGGGAGUCUUCUAGAAGGGGGCCCCUCCUGACCACCAUGAAAGGGUUAGGAGCCAACCGCAAUCGCUCCGACUCCUGCGACCCCACCCAGGGCCCCCCGGAGCCCCUGUACCCCCACCAGGCCUCCACACUGCCUCGGAGCCCCUACCUUCUCAGCCCCACCAGCAUGGACCACUACGGCACCAUGGACCCGCACCACUACAACCCCUCUGUGGACCACCACUACAAUCAGGGCUCCCUUCCCCCGGACUAUUCUCUCCCCCUCAACAACCAGCUGUCCAACAGCAGCACCUUCCCCCGCAUCCAUUACAACGCCCACUAUGACCCGUCCGACUUCUCCCCGCCACAGGGGGACAGCAUCGGGGGCAUUAGCACGGGAACCCUGGGCACCUCCAUGUCCAUGGGCAUGGGAAUGGGCAUAGGGAUGCAUGGCUCGAGUGGCAUGGGGGGCCUGCAGAGCAGUCGGGGGCCCAUGAUCACCAGCGGCUCUGCCACCAUCUCCGGCGGGGCCAAGAUGAACCGGCAGCUGGCGCCCAACUUGCUGGACCAGUUGGACAAGCAGCUGCCUGGGGGGCCCAGAGAUGGCUUCAGCACACUGCAGUUCCACCGGAGCACAUCGGCCGCCCUCUCCGCCGCCUCCAAGCAGCGCACCGACAGCCCCGGGCGCAUCCGUAACCUGGUGUGCUCUGUCCAGAAGCUCUUCGCCAAGUCACAGUCCAUGGAUGGCCACAACCUCAAGGGUGUUAAUGGGCGUUCGGGGGCAGGAAGUGGCAGCGGUGGGACCUCAUCCGGGACAGAGGACGGUGGGAAGCGGGAACAGCGAGCAAAGAGCAAAGACCGGGGCGGGUCCAAGUCAGACGGGGGCGGGACGGGCAAGCGGCGGCCGCGCUCCAACAUGUCGGGCUAUUGGAGCUCGGACGACCUGGACAGUGCUGACCUCAGCAACUACCGCAACCCCAUAGCCAUGACACUGGGACGACCCACAGCGCAUGCCACCCAGCACGCCACCCACGGUACUGCCUACGAUUCCCAGCAGGGGGCACUACAGCAGCAGCAGGGGCACCAGAGCCGCUACGUGGUCCACAGUGGAUACAACACCAUCAGCUCAUCCAAGAGCCACAACGAGGUCAUAAAGUAUCAACAGGCACUGCCAGGACCUGGGGGCGGAGGUGGGGGCGGAGGAGGAGGUGGGAUCAGCAUGGGGGUGAACAGUAAUGACUUUAUGAAGGGGGGUUCGUGGUCGACACUGACCCUGGGUCAGCCCAGACAGGUGCUGCAGAAGGGCCACUCGGCCACCCUGGACCGGUCCAUGCUCAAGUCCAAGUCGUGCCAGCAGGAGCUGGCCUGCAACUACCUGCAAGUGGGCCGACAGGGGGACUGGAGUAACACGCUGGGUCGCAGCGGUGGAGUAGCCGGAGCCAACGAGAUCCCAUGCAGGCGCAUGCGGAGUGGCAGCUAUGUGAAGGCCAUGGGUGACCUGGAGGACAGCGACGACUCAGACGUCAGCAUCAAGCCCUCGCCCAAAAUGGCCGCCCGCCGCCAGAGCUACCUCAGGGCCACCCAGCAGUCUCUGAGCGACCAGCUACCGUCACGCAAGAGCAGCAGAGCCCUGGAUUACGCCAUGCUGCAGGGGGAGCUGGAGGCACUGUGGUCUCCUCUGCACAGUGUGUCCUCUCUGCACCAACUGGGCAGCUGUCUUCCCUCUCUGAGAGAGCUGUCCACCAACCGUAGCCUGGACAACCUGGACUGUCUGGGGGGUCCGGUGGGGGGCUCCCUGUUCCCCCGCUGGGAUGAUGAGGACUUCAGCCAGGGUGGCGGAUGCAGCACCCUGGGGAGGAGCAGCUGCAUUAGCCAGCUACGAGACUUGGAGAUGUUGAGCCAACGCUACGAGGAUAGCUGCGCCGAGUCGUCGUUCCGAGAUUCCCACACACUCUCGCGCUCCCAUUCCCAGGCAGUGGAGCCUCCCGAUCUACCCAUGCCCACGUGCUUCCGAUCUCGUAGCCAUAGCUACCUGCGGGCCAUCCAGGCCGGAUGCUCGCAGGAUGACGACACUGCUUCUGUGGACUCGGAUUCGCCGCCGCCAACCGCCACUACUGUUCGUACCUACAGCACCAGCACUGUCUCCACAUGCAUCACCACCUGUAAGAAGCCGGCGCCCCCGCCCGUGCCGCCCCGCACCACCUCCAAGCCCUACAUCUCGGUGACGGUGCAGAGCAGCACAGAGUCGGCCCAGGACACCUACCUGGACCACCAGUCUGAGCGCGACCGUCGCAGCGAGACGAUCACCAGCCAGUCUAGCCAGGCACACAGCAAUUCCUCCGACAGCCUCGACAGCACGCGCGCCAACAGCCUGGCUCGGGGUGUCCCUCGGCCUAUCCCCAUGCCCGUCGCCAUCCACCGGGAACCCCUCGCCACCACCGUCCACCACGCCACCACCGGGACUGACACCAAUGACUCCCAGCAUGAACCCCUGAGGACAGGCGGUAGCAGAGGGAGCCUGGCAGCAGAGGAGCCACGAGCGGACAUCGUGCCCCGGAGAAAGCUCUCCUCCAUAGGGAUACAGGUUGACUGCAUUCAGGAGGAAGUCCAGCGAGAGGAGACACCGCCACCGCCAUUGGCCAGAUUCCAGUCAAUCGGAAUCCAGGCGGACGACGGCUGGCACAGUUGCUCCAGUAGCAUGGCCUCCAAGCAGGAGACAGACUCUGACACACAGGACCUUCCCAUCAACUCGCACGCCAACUCCCACGCCAAGCCCGCCGCCGAGAAGAAGAGCAUGGUCAACAGUGCCUGCCAAUCCAUGGCCUCGCCCCCGUGCAGCGGCCAGGUCAGCAAGGGCAACGGAUCAAAUCCCACCGUUGACACCAGUACGUCGCCACCUCCGCUUCGGCAGAUCCUCAACCGCUCCACCACACGGUCCGACUCCUCCGACUCCUUCUCCGAGAGCAUGGACCCGGCCCUGGACCCCUCAUCCCUGCCCCCUCCGGACCCCUGGCUGGAGAGCGGGAACGGAAAUAGCGGUAGCGGGAACCCUAACGCGGUGCCCCCUCCAGGCCCUGCCUGCCGGCGGGACGGCCACUGGUUCCUCAAGCUGCUGCAGGCGGAGACGGGCCGCAUGGAGGGCUGGUGCCAGCAGAUGGAGCAAGAGACCAAAGACAACCAGCUCUCAGAGGAGGUGUUGGGGAAGGUCCGCAGUGCAGUGGGCAGUGCUCAGCUCCUCAUGACCAAGAAAUUUGAGCAGUUCAGAGGGCUGUGUGAACAAAACUUGAAUGUGAACGCCAACCCGCGGCCCACAGCCCAGGACCUGGCGGGCUUCUGGGACCUGCUGCAGCUCUCCAUCGAGGACAUCAGCCUCAAAUUUGACGAGCUCUACCAACUCAAGUCCAGCGACUGGCAGUCCCCUGCCGUGGCCCACUCGCCCCCCGAGCGGAAGGAGGACAAGAAAGAGGCCCCUCCUCCAGUGCCAAAGAAGCCCGGUAAGGGGAGGCCGGUGCUGGGCCGGGAGAAGAGCGCCGACUCCGCCUCGUCCACCUCUUCGGCGGAGAAGCAGCGGACGGAGGCCCGCAAGCGCCUACUGGCUGCCAAGAGGGCCGCCUCGGUCCGGCAGAACUCGGCCACGGAGAGUGCCGACAGCAUCGAGAUCUAUGUCCCUGAGGCCCAGACUCGCCUCUAAGAGAGAGAGAGAGAGAGAGAGAAACUGGGAUGGAGAAAGGGAUGAUGGCAGAGGGAGAGAGGGAGGGUUGGGGUCUUUUCACCACACGCAGGGUCGUCUGGUCUUGGUGGCCGCCAGUCUACAGUAGAUGGAGUGAGAAACAAAGAGAGAGAGAGAACUUUUGGGCUGUAGACUAUAUGGGGAAUGCUUGUCUCCUCUCUCGAGGCUGCAAUGGAAAAACCUAAACCACAGCCUUUGUUACUAUUUUUAGAACUUUUUUGGGGGUUAUUUUAUUAGGAUCCCCAUUAGCUCUUGCGAAAGCAGCAGCUACUCUUCCUGGGGUCCACACAAAACACGAAACAUGACAUAAUGCAGCACACAUUUAAAACGCCGCAGAUAGCCUACAUACCAGUACAUACACACAAAAGUAUUUCGCAAAUGAUGACAUUUUUUUUGUUGAUGGUAUUAUUAUUAUUAUCUCAUUAAGAAACUAUAUCAAAACUAUUUUAGAUGUACCUGUAUCUUGGCUAUAAGAGAUCUAAUAUGCCGACAAGAGUAAGCGUUUGUGCUUUCCAAUGCCCCUCCCUCUCCCUUGCCUUGGCCCACCCAUAGUUUGCACAACAACACCAUGCGGACAAACGUACACACACUUAUUCGGAGGAGCACACACACACACACCCGCAUCAGACCCACAGCUAUCUUAUGUCUUCCUGGUGCUUUUUUGUUUUCAUUGUGUUUAUCUGUUUUGUAUGAGCCCUUGCCUGCAGCUCUAGAUUCGUGAGCAGUUUCGGAGAGCAGGGCACUGAAAACUGAAUUAGGAAAUAGAGGAUUGGGGUAUUUCAUGUCAAAUACCACAACUUUAUAUAAGUGAGAUCUAUUGAAAACAUAAUGUAUGUUUUUGUCCAACCUUUUUAAAUAUAUAUCGGUACUUUAUAACCGACUCGAACUACACUCACACGUCGAUAUUUACUGGAAUAACGUUUGAAGAUCCUACUUUUCCAUUGAGAUAUUGUUUUCUGACAUUUUUGGUCUGAGGAUGUGUUCAUCAGCCAAUGUCCACAAUCCCAUGACAAUGGCCACACUUUGCACUCGCAUGUGUCUCCAUUGGUCUGUGAAUUUACUAAUCGGUCCUUUUUAUAAGGCACCACACAGGGGGAAAAAAACAGACUGGAACCUGGUGGAAAAUCUCGUUUAAUUUUCCAUUGCAAAAUGUUUCGCUACGUUGUUGCCUAAUGAAUACAACCAUGGUGUAGGUAUAUCAGAUCAAUUGAAUAGAAUUCAGGUUUUGUGGAAAACGUAGACAGGACCACAAUUGAGAACUGUCUCACUGGGCGAAAAGUGAUUUUUAAGUUUUUAUUGUUUCCUUGUUAUUUCAGGAUGCUUUUAAACAACGUUAUCAUGCUGCAUCAUUGUGGCUAUUUCAUUGAACAUUUCAAAGGUCUGUGGGUUUUAUAAAGUAGGUACUUCUAGCAACUCAAAGCUUGUUGCGGCAGCAAUAUAAUUCAAAAUGGUUUCUCUCCCAAACUUCUGCCUCAACUUCCCUCUCUACAAUUCACCUUUUGGUGUUUUGGCAUCACUGUUUUUAAUAUUGUAAAUGAGUUUGCACAGAUGCUGGUGUGUUUCACAUAUGGGACCACUACUCGGUAUGCAUGGGAAAGUUGUGGUUAGUUCCACCUCAAAUUCCAGUCACGUCAACCAUUAAUUCCAUUUCAAAUCUCUAUUGGAUAGCAAAUGAAACUAAGGCCAAUUCGGACUUGAGGUUAAGCAUCAAAUAACUUUGACUAAUUGCCUGCUAAAUGACAGUGGUUCUAUUGGACUCUUCUCCACACUGCACAUACCCAUGUAAAUGGUCUGUGAUUCACUGCACUGCAUAUUCAGUGCUACUGUAUGGCUUUUCCCACGUCACAGUUCCUGACCAGGCGGCCUAUUCAAAAGAGCUGGAGAAAGGAAAGGACACAACUCGAGGAAGGAUUAGGAGGCUAGGAGAGGAAACUGCUUUAGACUAUUUCAGUAGCACUGUGUGAAACCAUUUUGGAAGCUCUCUUACA